GUCACUCACUCGGAGUUGUUUCUUCUACGAGGAGGCUCUUUUUCUCUUCUUUUUUCUUUUUUUGGUCUUUUGAAUAUCCGAAUCCCUUUUGGAGUUGUAUUCUGGAGUUUGGAUCAACUUUCUCAUCCAUUCCUCGUUCGUUCUCUUCGUUACUGAAACCAAAAGAAAAGAAUAGAAAUACGGAAAAGCAAAGAUGCUACACUCAUCUUUUAUAUCCAGAUCAAAUUGUACCAAGUUUCCUUCCCACGCUUCCCCAAAUGCAACCCUUUCUUCCUUUGGAGCUUAUUCUCUUCUUCAAAUGGGCUUUUAGUUUGGGUAAUCUAUUGACCUACGAUAGUGAUUCUUUAGAUUGAAGUGGACUAGAAUUGCAUCGAGUGGGCGACGACUUUCAAGUAAGGCAAGGAGCCGUGACAAGCAGAGGACAGCAAACGUGUAUGGGCGUCGGUCACCAGAGCGUGUACUUGAGGAAGAAGCCCCUGAAAUGGCGGAAACCACCCCAUCCUUUAAAAUUUUCCCAGGUCAGGCAUUUCCAUUAGGUGCAUCAGAGGUUGAUAACGGGAUCAAUUUUGCCAUAUUUUCACAGCAUGCAACUGCAGUUACACUUUGCUUAUCACUUCCUCAGAGGGGAGAAAUCAACAAGCUGGAUGGUGGAAUGAUCGAAUUUUCUUUGGACCCUCGUCUCAACAAAACUGGAGAUAUUUGGCACAUAUGCAUUGAGGAUUUUCCCCGGAGCAAUGUUCUCUAUGGUUAUCGCAUAGAUGGUCCCAAAAACUGGGACGAAGGACAUCGAUUUGACUACAAAAAUGUUCUUAUAGAUCCUUAUGCAAAGCUAGUAGAAGGUCAAAGAACUUUUGGAGAUCCAAUGCAUAAAUUAUCAAAAUUUCUUGGAACUUAUGAUUUUGAUAGCUUGCCUUUUGACUGGGGAGAUGACUACAAGUUCCCGAAUAUCCCUGAGAAAGAUCUUGUCAUAUACGAAAUGAAUGUUCGUGCGUUUACUGCUGAUGAAUCUAGUUGCUUGGAUCAAAAUAUAUGUGGUACUUAUACCGGUCUGAUUGAGAAGAUCCCACACCUUCUAGAACUUGGAAUCAAUGCAGUGGAGUUGCUUCCUGUCUUUGAGUUUGAUGAGUUCGAGUUUCAAAGGCGCCCCAAUCCCAGAGAUCACAUGAUCAAUACAUGGGGCUACUCGACAAUAAAUUUCUUUGCUCCUAUGAGUCGUUAUGCUUCUGGUAGUGGAGGAGCUGUUUGUGCUUCUCGGGAGUUCAAAGAAAUGGUUAAAGCCUUGCAUGAGGCUGGAAUUGAGGUGAUCUUGGAUGUUGUCUAUAAUCACACUAAUGAAGCUGAUGAUAAGCAUCCUUAUACCACAUCAUUUCGUGGCAUAGACAACAAGGUUUAUUACAUGGUGGACUUGAACAACAGAGGUCAACUGCUAAACUUCUCUGGCUGCGGGAAUACAUUAAACUGCAAUCAUCCUGUUGUCAUGGAGUUCAUACUUGACAGCUUAAGACACUGGGUUGUUGAAUAUCAUGUAGAUGGAUUUCGAUUUGACCUUGCUAGUGUACUUUGUCGAGGCUCAGAUGGUUCUCCACUCGAUGCACCUCCACUUGUCAGGGCUAUUGCCAAAGAUGCUACCUUGUUAAGGUGCAAAAUUAUUGCUGAACCAUGGGAUUGUGGAGGACUUUAUCUUGUUGGCAGUUUUCCUAAUUGGGACAGGUGGGCUGAGUGGAAUGGGAGGUACCGUGAUGAUCUAAGAAUAUUUAUAAAGGGUGAUACCGGUAUGAAAGGAGCAUUUGCGACUCGUGUUUCAGGAUCUGCCGACCUCUACUGUAAAAAUAAACGCAAGCCUUACCAUAGCGUUAAUUUUGUCAUUGCACAUGAUGGCUUCACCCUCCGUGAUCUCGUUUCAUACAAUUUUAAGCACAAUGAAGCCAAUGGAGAAGGUGGAAAUGACGGAAGCAAUGACAACUUUAGCUGGAAUUGUGGGUUUGAAGGAGAAACUGACAAUGCUGGUAUUGUAGCCCUGCGUUUCCGGCAAAUGAAAAACUUUCAUUUGGCAUUGAUGAUAUCACAGGGAAUUCCAAUGAUGCUAAUGGGAGAUGAAUACGGGCACACACGAUAUGGGAAUAACAACAGUUAUGGGCAUGAUACGGCUCUUAAUAAUUUCCAGUGGCAGCAGUUGAGUUCAAGGAAGAGUGACCACUUUAGGUUUUUCUCCGAGGUGAUACACUAUCGGCGAAAGCAUCAAGUAUUUUGUCAUGAGAAUUUUCUCACCAAAAGAGAUGUGACCUGGCAUGAGGAUAACUGGGACAACCCUGAGAGCAAAUUCCUCGCAUUUACGCUUCAUGAGAAAAAUGGUGGAGAUAUCUAUCUAGCAUUCAAUGCUCAUGACUUUUUGGUUAAAGUGUCUAUACCUCCAGCACCACCGGCAAGACGUUGGUUCCGUGUGGUGGACACCAAUCUUGGGUCGCCAGAUGAUUUUGUGGGCCAAGGAGUCCCUGGAAUUGGAGCCACCUACAAUGUGGCACCCUACUCUUCCAUUCUUCUUGAAGCUAAAUAAUUAUGAGCUGACCACACCCACUCCAGAAGGAUCAGAAGAAUUCAGGACGCCAAUAAAAUGUGUACCAUCAGACUUGGUACAGUAUUUUCAUUAUUGAUUGUAUGCAAACUUCUGUCUCAAAACAUUUGAAAAAAUAAAAUAACCUGA